AAUUUCAAUCCGAACAUCGCAUCGACUAUACCUACCUAUUCGCUAUUCGCCAUUCAUCCACUCUAUAGAUGCGGCCAAUACCUAGUACAUACAGUCAAGUUGAGAAGACUUUCACUCUUUUUGGAAUUCAUGACCUAGAACAUAACAAAAGAUUUAUACAAGUAUUCAGCACAACCACGGUUGAUUUAUAACGAACUCGGCGCCGACUUACCUAGCUUAGUCUCGCAUGCGCUUUUGGUUUGCGACUUUGCGAGACCGAAUACGAUUGGUUCAAGAAGCAAAGGGAUCAAGGGGAUGCAACAAUUUAAUUCCCCAUUACCAAUUACGUUCAUACUACAACGUACAUAGUAUCAGUGCAUCCUCGACCACAUACGUCAACCCCGGCUGCCCAGAAGAUCCAACCUCUCUCAGAGCACUCCUCUAACAUUUCAUUGUCUGAGGUAGCGUUGACUCGCGCCCCAUCAGCAAGCCAAUAUCUUGCGACAGACCUUUUCACCACGUCUUAGGCCUAAGACAAUAAGACAAGGAACCAACCCCAUUUGUAGGCUGGAAAUCCGUGCUUUGCGCUUACACGGCGAUAACAGCGGCUCGGGUCCUCCGGACAUUAGUUGCGCCCUCUUAGCAUUGUCUUGGACCUUAUGAGAGCUCCAACGUCUCGGGCACCGCAGCCAUUUUUAUUCUCCACAGCUCCGAGACUUGGCCUUAUUAUUACUCGUCUCGCUGGUCGUCCAAAAUCUAAUCUGCAUUCAUCCUCAUUUCGUGCUUCAAACAUCUUGCGCGCAUUCUCCAGCCCCGCCCUUGCUCUGACUCGUCCGUCAUCGUCAUCGUCAUCGAAAUCUGCACUGCCCCGCGGAUUUCUAUCGCGCCGUGAUAUUUGCGAUCGCAAAACUUAUUCGCCAUUGCUUACUUCCCAAGCAAGAAAGGUUCAUUGCGAGAGACGGCAAUUUUCAGAAUACGGCCACAGCAGCUAUCAAGUCCUAAAAAGUCAAAUCUCAUCUGCGCUAUAUAUAAUACCCCUAGUCGUAUUUGGCGCCUUUGUAUUUUACGGCUCGGCCACUUUUAAUUCUGAACAACAACUAGUCUCCGGAGACAGCGCUGGAGACUACUCCGGCAAAGAGGACGUAGUCGCCAUGGAACAACUUCCAGGCAGACCGGGGAAUCUGACCCCUGAACAGGAUGAAAAGUUGCGCAAGUUCUGGGAGAUGUUCCUGCAAGUAUGCGGCGUCCUUGGCGAUGACGCCGCGGGUAAUGAUACGGAAACUGCUUCCGAGACUGCGUCGCGAACAGGAACCAAGGAAACCGAAAAACCUAAGAAGAGUCGGAUGUCCCUGUUCAAGAAGAAAAAGGAUAAGGAAAAGGGAACUACUACACCUACCAAGAUCGCAGCAAUGGAAAGUCUCAAAGAGAAUGACCCGGAAGACAAAUGGGGUGAAAAUAAGGCAUACCUCGAAACUCUAGCCACUCAUCCUCCAGAGCAGAUAAGAGCCACUAUUUGGUCGAUGGUAAAGCAUGACCACCCUGACGCCCUUCUCUUACGAUUCCUGAGAGCUAGAAAGUGGGACUUGCAAAGAGCGCUCGUCAUGUUGAUGUCGACAAUGAACUGGAGGUGUUCGGAUGCUCAUGUUGACGAUGUAAUUAUGGCGAGAGGUGAAGAAUUCGCUGCCGUCAACGAGAAGAGCGGAGACGCGAAAAGCAAAAAGUUAGCCGAAGACUUUCUCGCUCAGCUGCGUAUGGGGAAAAGUUUUUGUUACGGCGCCGACAAGGCGGGGAGGCCGAUUUGUGUGGUCAGAGCUCGCUUGCAUAAGGCAGGCGAACAGUCAGAGGAAGGUCUUGAGCUGUUUACGGUGUACUUGAUCGAGACGACCCGGUUUAUGUUACGCCCACCUGUGGAUACUGCUUGCGUUCUAUUUGACCUGACUGGAUUUUCAUACGCCAAUAUGGACUAUACGCCAGUCAAGUUCAUGAUUAAAUGUUUCGAGGCAAACUACCCCGAGAGUCUCGGAGUGGUUCUCGUUCACAAGGCCCCAUGGGUCUUCCAAGGCAUUUGGAAGAUUAUCAAGGGGUGGUUGGACCCAGUAGUCGCAAGCAAAGUGCAUUUCACUAACAACCUCAAAGACCUAGAGGAGUUUAUUGAUGCGAAGAGGAUACCUGACGACUUAGAAGGCACGUCAGGUUAUACUUACAAGUACAAGGAGCCAGUGCCAGGGGAGAACGCCAAGAUGAAAGACAUCGAGACUAAGGAGAAACUCCUUCAGGAACGCGAACUACUGUAUGAAGAGUAUGAGAGCAAGACACUUGAGUGGAUCAACGAGCCAGACGCCGGGAAAAGGGCCGUGCUCCACGCAGAGCGGGACGCCAUCGCUAAGAAUCUGAGAGAGCAGUACUGGCGCCUAGACCCCUACCUCAGGUCACGAUCGUACUAUGACAGGGUGGGCGUUAUCAAACCUGACGGAGGUGUCGACUAUUACCCUUCUCCGGUUGCUCCUACUAACGGGACGGCGGCGGCGAUCGCCGCAGGGGAGACGGCCGCUAAUGACGUGGACUGAAUAGACAAUCGGCGGCGUAGCGUAGAGGGAUAAAAGUAAGACGGGGUGCAUGGGCAUGGGCAAUUCGCAUAGACUAGGCAUUGUAUAAUACCAUCGAAAUUGGGAUGGCUGGAAUUUCAUUAUAACUUUUUUGCCCGCAAGAGGACCCAGUCCUAUUGUGAAUCUGGUGUUUGAACCCCUGAUUUUGUCAAUUUGGGCAAACAGCUACCCAUCUAUUUAUUUAUGACUAUGAAGAAGUCACCAUUUUAGGUACAGCUUCUAGAGUUUGGAAUUGUUUUGACCAUGUAGUUACACCUUGGGCUUGAUCUCUUCGAAGAGAGCCUUUAGCGCUUCCAUGUCCGUCUCCUUCUGGGGCCAGCUUAUUCCGAGCCCUUCUUGCUCGUUUGGUUUGGGGAUCAUGUGGAAGUGAACAUGGUCAACGAUCUGGUGGGCGAUGCGGCCGUUGUUUUGGAGGAUGUUGAAGUUCACGGCGCCGGUGGCAGUGGCCAACUUUUUAGCCACGGGUAGGAGCUCACUUAAAUGCUCAUCGGGUAUAUCGGUUAAUGUUGCGCCGUGGAACUUGGGAAUGACAAG